AUGGGGUUGAGAGGAGUGAUUGGUCUGAUAAUAUUACAAGUCAUACUGUUUUUUGGGAUUCAGAUAUGUGCGUCGUCACAUAUUACCAGAACAAGCUUUCCCAAAGGUUUUGUUUUCGGCACUGCCUCUUCUGCCUUCCAGCAUGAAGGAGCAGUGAAAGAAGACAGAAGGGGACCAUCUGUGUGGGAUACUUUCUCACGUGUGCCUGGAAAGAUAAUGGAUGGCAGCAAUGCUGACGUGGCAGUGGAUCAAUAUCACCGAUAUGAAGAAGACAUACAACUCAUGAAGGACAUGGGAAUGGAUGCCUACAGGUUUUCCAUUUCUUGGUCAAGGAUUUUGCCCAAUGGAUCUGGGGAAAUCAGUCAGGCUGGAAUUGAUCAUUACAAUAAACUCAUCAAUGCUUUACUGGCCCAAGGACUUGAACCAUAUGUCACCCUCUACCACUGGGACUUGCCCCAAGCCUUAGAAGACAAAUAUAAAGGAUGGCUUAGCCCUGAAAUCAUAAAGGACUUUGCAAGUUAUGCUGAGAUAUGCUUUCAGAAAUUUGGAGACAGGGUGAAACAUUGGAUCACUUUUAAUGAGCCUCAUACUUUGGCCCUAAUGGGGUAUGACUUAGGUUUCAAUGCGCCAGGGCGAUGCUCCAUUGAUUUUCACCUGCUUUGCAAGGAGGGGAACUCUGCUACUGAGCCUUAUAUUGUUGCUCACAAUAUCCUUCUUUCUCAUGCAGUAGUGGCUGAUAUCUACAGGAGAAAAUACAAGCAUAAACAAGGUGGAUCAAUAGGGAUGUCUUUGGAUGUGAUUUGGCUUGAGCCAGCAACAAAUUCUAAAGAGGACAUUGCAGCAACUCAGAGAGGCCUAGAUUUUCAGUUUGGCUGGUUUAUGGAUCCUUUGUCCUUUGGAGAUUAUCCUAGAUCAAUGAGAAGUAUAGUAGGAAGCAGGCUGCCACAAUUUACAAAAUAUCAGGCCACUCUUCUUAAGGGUUCAUUAGAUUUUGUGGGCAUCAAUCAUUAUACUACCUAUUAUGCAAUGUACAAUCCCAAUAUUACCAAUGUACUUCAAGAUUACAUUUCAGACUCUGAUGCUCUCACUCUUCCUUUCAAUCUCAGUGGUAACACAGUUAUUGGAGACAGGGCAAAUUCUGUAUGGCUGUACAUAGUGCCGCAAGGGAUGAGAAGUGUAAUGAAUUACAUCAAAGAAAAGUAUGGAAAUCCUCUGGUCGUCAUCACUGAAAAUGGGAUGGAUGAUCCAAAUGAUCAACAUAUACCUAUAAAGGAAGCUCUGAAGGAUGAGAAAAGGAUCAAAUAUCACAAUGAUUACUUAUCUAACUUACUAUCUUCCAUCAAUGAAGAUGGGUGCAACGUAAAAGGGUAUUUUGUUUGGUCACUUUUGGAUAACUGGGAGUGGUCAGCUGGAUACACUUCUAGAUUUGGACUAUACUUUGUUGACUACAAUGACAACUUGAAGAGAUACCCCAAAAACUCGGUCCUAUGGUUCAAGAACUUCCUGAAAUCAACUCAGUAA